GCUUCCUGAAAAGUAUCAGGGAGUUAGUGGCUUGUUAUUCAAGAGGAGUAGAGAGACACAACCCGAUGACUGGAAUAAUCUAUGUCCAUGUUGAAAGUGACUUCAAGAUCAAAGCAGAAUAUGUAGAAAUAAGGACAACAUUGGAGUAUGGAGGAACACGUUCUUGCCUCAGGAUCAAGAGGGUCACAAGUCCACACAGUAGGAUGGGAUUUAUGUCAACUGAAUUUUAGACACAUUAUUGUUUUUCAUUAUUAUCAUUUUGGACACAAAAAUUACUAGAAUAUGUUUUCUUGUUUUCUUGUAAUACCAUGUUCUGAAAAACAUUGAGAACAAAGUACGUCUUGAUGAGGUUCAUGAUCAAUCAAUCAAUCUUUAAAUUCAAUAUAUUGGUCAGACAUUGUGGAUACAAUCAAGUCCUGGAAUUGGAAGUUUGUUCAACCAAAAUAAGAACUAAUAGGCAUAUCAUGGCAAGGGCUGAACCUAGGAACUCUGAGCCACCAAUAAGAACUGAGCAUGCCAAAAAGAACACAGACAUCCUACCCAUCGGAACAACAGGGAUUGAUGCCACUAAAUGCCUGGAUAAUCCUGGGAACCUGAGACCGUUUGUUUACUGGGACCACCCUUUGCUCAAUGACUCAGGAGUCAGUGAAAAACAGAAGCUCAGGUAUGUUGUCGAUUGGGCUGAGAACCUCCUCAAGAACAGUUCAGAGGUUGACCACAGCAAAGCCAGCAGUUCUGCAGUGGCCAUGGGAAAGCAGGUGGUCCCACGAAAUAUGUCAUCUGCGUACUAUGAACCGUCCCCUUCAAGAAAGUUGAAGUUGUUGACCUCUCCUCCCACUCAAGGUAGUAGAUCUGGUCAGAUCAUAGAGAGGGCACAGGAAACCAGUAUAGAUUUUGUUCAAACUCUGCCACGGAUCAAUUAUAAAACUUCUGAUGAAACUAAUACUCUGUCUGUUUUCAAGUCUGUGGAAUGUUCUGAGGAUUCUAGGUCUGACAUCAGGGAGACUACAGCCCACAAGGAUAUCCGCUUCAAAGAAAUUCGUUAUCUUAGCGCACAGAACUCCUUCCCACCUAGGGACUUUCACACAUUUGAUCAAAGGCACUGCACAACCAUACAUGACAGAACUGACUGCCACUGCGAAGAGAAUCAUUGUGUUGAAUGCUCUAAUGAUACUCGCUUUAUGAAUGAGUCUGUCUCAUCGGCAGCUCAGAACAGAACUAAAAACCACCCUCCCUUCUGUUCUGGAAGUACCACCACCGGGAAGCCUAUUAUUGAUUGUUCACCUCAAAAUGUUUAUGCUAAGACUCAAGCAGCAGUUCUUUCCUCAUCUUGGCAGCCCACACAUCAGAAGGGGUUGCCUCAAUUAGAGAUGAAGGACAACGUUAAAAGUAGGACAGAGGUAGAAGAUGAGAAAGUUGUAUGUGAGCAGAAACCAGAGGUCAAAACUUUGCAGGAUUGGUCCAAACAGCAAAUUUGUGAUUCAUGGUACGAGGAUCCUCCGAAGACUAGCAGCUACAAGGAAUUAGAGGAAUCCAAACCGAACACAGAGACAGCAAACCUGACCUUCUGCUCUGCUUCUGAAAGAGCAGCCGACGUCUCCGUCUACGAGCAGUACCUGCUCUACAUGGCUCAUCUGGAUCAACUCCGACAGGGCCAGAGAGCACGUCGUUCAGGGAACCAUGGAACCGAAACAGAUAACGUUAAGGACGGGGAAACUGUGGGUCAAACGACCUCACCUGCCAGUUGCUGUGAAAUGACUCCAUCCUCUUCAACUCAGCGUUUUAAACUUCAACAAAGGAGAGAAGCAGCCAGAACGAGCACAGCCACAGAGCCCAUGAUGGCAUCCAAUAAUGCUGCUGAUAUAACACACAACCCUAACACACCCAAAGCAACUGCGAAGCAAUCGGCCAACGUUAUCAUGAAAAGGCAAAGAACCACCAGAAGCAACCAUCUGGCCUUGUGUGAAGAGGUCAUCAAAAUACCUGUGGAGCAUGGAACCUCAACCGAUGAUGAUAUUACCGGUCUACCUCUGCAUCACCUAAAGAUUAACCAAGAACCUGAAAGUGCUGGAUCUUCUCAACACCCCCUCAUCACACCUUUAAAUCCAGCCUUAAAGGUGAAGACAGGUGUUUGCCGUCCAGAGAACAGAACGGGGAAUGCCGAUGGACAGAGCGGGGCCGCCAGACGUCCAGACGUCCCCCAGAGGUUCUGGGAGAAGUCCAGCCUCUGCUGGUCCACCCUUAUUCAUGGAGAGGUGUUGCCAAGGUCUCCCAUCCCAACCAGAUGCUGGUCAGCAGGAGAGAAACGAAUCCCCUCAAAAACAAACAGUACUACGAAGAGACAGACACAGACACAGACACCAGACACAUGCACAAACAUCACUACACCAGCUGGAGGUCAUCCACACGUUGAGUCUCAAGCCUCAAGUAAUGCAGCAACAAGUGUUGAAUUGGGCCCCAACCUGGUUACCAAAUACAGGCCAGCAGAUGUCGCUGUAUUCAAUCAGUGGCUGUGUCUACCUGAUGAGGUGUGGCUAUCGGUUCUGUCUCUUCUCCCUCACAAUCACCUGUCCACAGUGGCUCAGGUCUGCCACCGCAUGCACCAGCUGGCCAACGAUCACACACUCUGGACGGUAGUGGAGAGGCGGAACGGGGCCCUGACAGAGCAGUGGCUGAGCUGGCUGGGGGUCCGAAGGCCUCACAGCGUGUCUCUGUACAGGUGUAGCAGCCCCUCCAUCAGCCCACGUGCUCUGGAGACCUUCUUCUCACUCUGUACGGCGUCCCUGGAGAAAUUCAAUGUGACAAGUUGCAUUGGGCCCGGACUCCAUGGCAACCUGUUGCUGCGUCUGAUUGGUCAGUCGUGUAAACGCUUAACCAAUCUAAACCUGAGCUGGAGUGGGGCAACGGAUGCAGGGCUUACGUCGCUAAUUGAGAACGCAACUGGGUUGAGAUUGGAAGUGGUUGUCCUGAAUGGCUGUCAGGUCACAAACGAAGCACUGAUAAACCUGGUCAAGACACACAGAGAGAGUCUGUCUACUUUGGAGGUAUUUGGCUGUCAUUUCCUAAGCUCCUCUUGUCUGGAGAAAGUUUACCGGCUGUGUCCGGGUCUCAGACACCUAAAUAUCGGUCAAGUGCCAAAGGUGAACACACGCUGUCUCACACUGAUGACAUCACAGCUCAAAUCUCUCCUCUCCCUCAACCUUACAGGGCUGCAGGCAGUGAGCGAUGGCCUUAUGGACCGCUUACUCCAGCAGUGUCCAGGCCUUCAGAGCCUCAGCCUGGCCUCCUGUCCGGGGGUCUCUGACCUAACACUCAACAGCAUCUGCUCUCACACCCCAUACAUCAGAUCCCUAGAUGUGAGUGGUUGCAAAGCAGUCACAGAUGCAGGUGUCCAGUGUGUAGCUUUGUGCUGCAGGGGGCUGCAAAUGGUGGACCUCAGCUCCACUAGCACUGGAAACAGAGGGCUAGCUGUACUGGCAGACAGGUGUCAUGAACACCUCCAUACAGUCAAGCUCAGCUUCUGCCACAUCAGCCCAGAAAACAUUCUCCGUCUCUGUCGGCACUGCAAGAAGUUAAAGGUUCUUCAUCUGUAUGGCUGCGCUGAUAUCCCCUCUGAGAGAGAGAUCAGAGAAGUCCAUGAAAGUGUUAAAGUGGAUCCUCUGCCCUGACACACACUAGCACAACCACACAAUCACACACACACACACACACACGCACGCACGCACGCACGCACGCACGCACGCACGCACGCACGCAUGCACGCACGCACACACAUACAAAAGCUAGUUUGUGUAUGUUUAGUUGAAUUAACCUUUAAGCUAUAUUAAUUUGUUUCACUGGUUUUUUUUCAGAGAAUGAUCAAGCUGAUGUCAAUAAACCAUG